CAAGGCAGGCCGGUCUGAGUGACCGUGGCGGUGUGGGGAGUGACAUUGCACCUCGGCUGCCUCACUAUCUCCUUCUGCCCGUCCAGCGCGUUGCACACACACACCCCCGCAGAAACAAAGACCGAAAUCCAGGUCACACAUCCCAGGUGACAAUGUCAGGGCGUCCUGAAGGCUGGAGGCGGGGGGGGGUAAGAAUCCGAGCUGCCCAGGGUGCAUAAGAAACCGCCGGACAGUCCAGUGCGUUUGCAGGAGCCUCUGCCCUCUCCCGCCUCGUGCCAGAUGGGGCGAACAAGGGGUCAGCGCAGCCUGCUGUAAUGACACCAACAUAGAAACAGGAUCAGAGAUCAGAGCCCCUGCCGGUGGCUGGAUUUAGCUCCUGCUCCGCUCUCAGCACUGCCUGGGCUCCGCCAUGGCCUCUGUCUCCGCGCUCUCCUCCGGCCCCCUGGCCACGCGCCUCCUGAUCGCUGCCUUGGCAGCGGCUGCUUUAAUCCUAGUCAGCCAUGUUGCUGACGGAGCCACAGUUCCCAGCUGGACGGCUGUUGCGAACGCCGCAGAUGACCCUAAAACCGAGGGUUUGGGGACGCCCCCCAGACCGGUGAUCUUGGGAGCCCGGCUACCUGACAACAGCACGGAGCAGCCGACGCCCACAGAGACAGUGGGGCACUGGCUGGAGCAGAGCCCCCAGAAAGAGAAGGCGGUCGAGGGGGAGAAUGUGGUCUUCUCCUGCCUGCUGAAGCCUCCCAGCCGGGGCCUGGAGGUGAAGUGGGUGAACCAGCAGGUGGAAGCAGAUCUACAGGUGCUGGUGGAAAACCAGACGGUGGAGGGCGGGGGGUACUCUGGGCGGGCCUUCCUCAGUGGAGACCUGCAGGUGGGAGACGCCUCCAUGACCCUCCUGAACGUGACCUCGAAUGACUACGGCAUCUAUUUCUGCAACGUCACGCUGCCCAGCGGCGAGACUCUCAAGGGGCCUGGCACCAAGCUGAGCAUCCGGAAAGGACUAGGUCUGUUCGGCAUGGAGGAGUCCGUUGGCACAAUUAUCGGGGUGGUGGUGGCGGCCGUGGGGGUGAUGGUGGGACUGGUGACCAUCAUAGUGCCGCAGUUCCGAGAGAAGCUCAUGUGUCUGAAGAAAUGAACAGAUCGACUUCGGGCUGAAGAGGCUGGCCGGAGGUCUGCGGCGCGUGGACAAACCCAUUCCCAGUGUUCACGCCUUCAGCAAACUGAUUCGUCUGACUCGAGACCCAGUACUUGGGGAUCGGUGCACAAAAGGUGGACUUUUUAAAAUAAAAACAGAUACCAUAAAAAGAUGCUCAACAAGACCAGCAGGGUUAAAAAAGUUAAAUAUUUAUUAGGAUGUUCUUGAAAUAAACUGUUGGGUUUUGAUAUAAAA